ACACCACAUAUUAUGAUAAGAAUUCAUACACACCAUGCAGGGAACCACACCUUCGCUUCAGUGAGAGGGGCAGAGGAGUAUGAAUUCCUGAAGGCAUGUUUUGAGCCUGUCUGGGAAGAGCUCAAUGAGCUGAUAAGCAACCCAAAGCUGUCUGUCAAUGGGAGUGAGGUAGAGCUGGACAUUGUGUUUGGUUCAGACUAUAAGGUAGGUUUGACUUCUGAUUACUAACUUUAACCCUACUGUUCACUCUAUUUCUCUUAGUUCCUUGCACUUGUGAUGGGGCUGAACAAAGCCAACGCCACAUACGCAUGUGUGUGGUGCACAGUGGCAAAGGAUAAAAGGUUAUACUUGAAUUAUGGAACAUACAGUUUACAAUUUUUGGUUCCACAGGUGGGAUACAAGUGUACCAGAGGCUGUGUACAACACACCUCCUCCCAAUGGAACUCUGCGAACUCUGUCCUCCCUCACAACAAACUGUGCCUUCUCCAAGCCUGAAAAACAUCUCGGCAGUAAACACUCUCCACUACUCCAUCUACAGCCCUCCCAGUAUGUCCUUGAUGAGCUACACUUACUCCUGAGAGUCUCUGAUGUGCUGGUGAGAAACAUCAUUCACCUCGCUGAUCACCUGGACCAGGAGAGUGGACUACGGAGGGGAAGGAGAGGCACACACAUCCCAGAGCUGCAACAACUGGUUCAGUCCUGUGGGGUACCAUUCAGAAUCUCUCAAGUGCGGAACGAGAAUGGGAAGGGAGUUACUGGCAUGUACGAGUGGACUUCUCUAAAUCGAGCCCAGAACCUGAUGGUACUAGAGCUGCUCCCAACCAAGCUACACUCCAUCUUUCCAGCAAACACUGCAGCAAAGAUUGGUGCUCUCCUCAAGAACUUUCUGGCCCUGUACAAA